UCUUUCUUCUGUUAAACAAAAGAAACAAACAGUUGCUGGUAGCCACUGAUUUCCAUAUUUUGUCCAUACUGUGGAAGUCAAUGGUUAACAUCAGACUUCAAAAUAUCUUCUCGUGUUCAACAGAAGAAAACAAUUCUUACAGGCUACAACAACCUGUUGAAAAUGCUGAUGGAAUAUUCAUUUUUGGGUGAACUAUCUCUUUAAGCAGACUCACCACGCUGCUAGAAAGAGAGAGAGAUAGACAAGAGGAAAGAGAGGAACAGAGUAACAGACAGUGAGAAAGAGGCAGGAAGAGAUGCUGAACUCUCGGUUUUGCUGCAUUUUACGCUGCUUUAAAAGGGAGAUAUCGAGAUUUAGAGUAGCACCUAUGUCUAAGUGAAAAUCUGCUCUCUUAUCUGUGACUUUACCUAUAUAUAUAUACAUAUAAGAUGAGCCCAGUUUUAGAGCAAAACGUCUCUUGCGACUUGUAUGAACAUCGUCCAGUGGCCCAAGUUCUCAUUCCUCUGGCCUAUUCCAUCAUAUGUCCAGUGGGACUUUUAGGCAACGCCCUGGCUCUUCAUGUGAUCUUCUUCAACAUCACCAAACUUAAUUCCAUCACGCUUUAUUCCGCCAACCUGGCAGUGUCUGAUAUCCUGUUCUGCCUGUCGCUUCCCCUGCGAGCUGUUUACUACGGCCUUGGCUUCCACUGGCCCCUGGGGGAAGGACUAUGUAAAGCCAUAGCACUGCUCUUCUACUUGAACUGCUAUGCUGGAGUAAACUUCAUGACUUGUCUGGCAAUCGAUCGUUUUGUGGCACUGGUGUUUCCUCUGAAGCUGGCGAAGUUGAGAAAAGUGAAAAAUGCCCGAUUAGUGUGUCUGGCCAUAUGGCUGCUGGUGUUGGCCCAGACGUUGCCUCUCCUGACCAUUAACUUGACCAAAACGGAGAGUGACAACAGAAUCACCUGUAUGGAAUACCCUAAUUUUGAGGGCCUUUUCAAAGGGCUGCCCUACUUGCUGAUUGUUGGGGUAGUUUUAGGCUUUGGAGUCCCACUGAUGACAAUCAUCGCCUGCUACUCUAUAUUGACCCGUAGACUACAUCUAGCAGCAAAAUCGAACCGGCUAACAGAACGUUCUGGAAGGACCAAAAAAGCAAGAGGAGUGAUCGCAGGAGUGGUAUUUGUGUUUGUGGUGUGUUUCAGCCCAUACCAUCUAGACCUUCUGCAAUACAUGAUCCGAAAACUUAUCUAUAAUCCGGACUGCAAGGAGCUACAGUCCUUUCAGAUAUCCCUGCAUAUUACGGUGUGCCUUAUGAACUUAAAUUCGUGCCUGGAUCCCUUUGUUUACUUUUUUGCAUGUAAAGGCUACAAGCAGAAGCUGAUGAGAAUGAUGAAGUGGCAGGUGGGCACCCACUUCUCUAGUGUUGGAAGAACCUCGCCUGAAAGUUCAGGCACAGGCGAUAAGGUUGGCACACGCCGCAACACCGGAAUAACAAUGAACACAAUUAGAGAAGGUCAGUAAAACAACUGGUGAUGAAAAGUGACAACCAACACAUACAGUAUGUGGGGCCGAACUUGAGACUUAAAAGCCAAGAACUAGGGAUGCACCGAAAUGAAAAUUCUUGGCCGAAACCAAAAACCGAAAAAGAGGAAACCAAGGCCGAAAACCGAAACACCGAAAGAAAUUAUGCCAAUUAUUAGUACCAUUGCAUUUAUGGCCAUGACUGUGUACUAACUUUACUAAAAUCAAGGCAUUGCAAUUGUAUAAAUUAAUAUUAAAGUUUCAAAGAAUAAAUCAAUUACAAAUUAUGCAAAUAUUUAUUUAGCACAUUGCAACAAUGCACAGUAUAAAAUAAAAUUCAAACUAAAAUGUUUAACUUGACCCCACUCAUGUGAAUGAAUGAAUGAAUGAAUGAAUGAAUGAAUGAAUGAAUGAGGCAUUUAUAUAGCGCUUUUAAUGUGUAUUGCUGUACACCCAAAGCGCUUUACAAUCAUAUGGGGGGGGGGUCUCUCCUCAACCACCACCAGUGUGCAGCAUCCACUUGGAUGAUGCGACGGCAGCCACAGGACAACGGCGCCAGUGCGCUCACCACACACCAGCUACAGGUGGAGAGGAGAGAGAGAUAGAGCCAAUCAAGUGGAUGGGGAUUAUUAGGAGGCCACGAUUGAUAAGGGCCAGUGGAGGGAAUCUGGCCAGGACACCGGGGAUACACCCCUACUCUUUACGAUGAGUGUCAUGGGAUUUUUAAUGACCACAGAGAGUCAGGAUCUCGGUUUAACGUCUCAUCCGAAAAACGGUGCUUUUUUACAGUAUAGUGUCCCCGUCACUAUACUGGGGCGUUAGGACCCACACAGACCACAGGGUGAGCACCCCCUGCUGGCCUUACUAACACCUCUACCAACAGCUACCUAGUUUUCCCAGGAGGUCUCCCAUCCAGGUACUGACCAGGCUCAGCCCUGCUUAGCUUCAGUGGGCAACCGGUCUUGGGCUGCAGGGUGAUAUGGCUGUGGCUGUUCUGUUGGCUGAUGUGUACAUUAAAUAAUAAUGUACAGGCCUACUGGCCUGC